GUCACCAGUGUGAGUAUGGCUGGGAAAGUGGUAUGUCACCACAUUCGGAGUUGGAUCCGGGUGCGGGGAAUCAUCCGUUACUUUCAUUAAAUCUGUAUCCCGUUGGUGUGCGACUGUGUCUACGCUUUCUUGUCCACCUGUCCCUGGGUAUUUCAUCCUCUAUACAUCUUACACGGCGCUAAAACCAACAUACGUCAUCAGUGGUGUGUAACUCGAAUGAGACGUCCCUUCGCGAGUAUAUAUCAAAGUUGACGCGGCGGGACUCGAUUCGCCACACUCAACUUGCCCACCAUGCCACGAAUUAAACGGAAAACUAAAGAAGAGGAUCUCACUCGAGUCCGCAACAAUCAGCGUCGCUGUAGACAGCGAAAACGCGACUAUGUAGCGGAGCUGGAGCGCAGACUUGCAUCCAUGGAGGACACUACUUCUCGAGAGAUCAAAAGACUGCAGUCUACUGUGGAUGAGCUUCAGCAAGAAAACGAGAGGCUGAUAGCGUUGCUCUCUUCUGGACGUACUGACUACGGUUCUAUCGGACCCAGCGGACAGGCGGAGAGCGAGAACAAUGCAUUAAGAGAUACGAGCAGUGGCCUCGUCCCUUUGAGGGAUACAUCCAUCUUGGGGCCUGCAGAGAACAUAACUCCAAAAGACAUUUCCCAACUCGAUCUGUACACACCACCAUACGCACCUCUUGGCAAAUUCAAGGAUUUCCUCCAGGCAUCCAGCUGUCCCCCAAUCUCUCCUGAAGUGGAGCUGGAUCCUGAAUCCUUACUUCUACUAGAGCAGAGUGUGAUGGACACGACCAUUAGCACAGGGGUAUCGAAAGACGAGUAUCAAGAUACAACCGUGUGUGCUGUGGCCCUGGAGCUAGUUAUGAAUUGCAACACAAAAAACUUGAGUAUUACGGAGCUUGAUAUGCGGCUUCGAUGCGGGUAUCGGAGUGCACAGUUUCAGUGGGAAGGCUGCAGGGUCGACAAUCAGGUUUUGUUCGCUGUGCUUGCUGAGGUUAUGAGAUGAUUGAGCUGGUUUUGCUGGAGCAGACAGCCCAUUUUGUUUCAUUAUAGCCACGCGAGGGAACAGAGGUUGCAUUGUCACUAGCCAUCGCCAGAUAUUUGUAUUUGACCUAAAUAGUUGUAUUUUCCUUAAUGACUAGUCGCAACAAUGUU